AUGGUUACAAUUGUCAGGUGAGAAUAGCUUUGUUUGGUUUGGGCCAAAGCCUGCAUUAAGCAUCACAGAUCCUGAAAUGAUACGAGAGAUUAUGUCGAAAAUGGAUGCUUUUCCGAAGCCUUCUGAUGAUCCGCUGAAGCUGCUUUCGAAAGGAAUAGCAUCAUUCGAGGCAGAGAAAUGGACCAAGCACAGGAAACUGAUCAGCCCCGCCUUCCACGUCGACAAAUUGAAGCAUAUGGUUCCAUCAUUCUACUUGAGCUGUGGUGAUAUGUUGAGGAAAUGGGAUGAGAUUAUGGGAAAUGAAGGAAGUUGUGAAGUGGACGUGUGGCCUCAUCUUCAGACAUUGACGAGCGAUGUGAUUUCAAGAACUGCGUUUGGGAGUAGUCAUGAAGAAGGAAGGAAGAUAUUUGAACUACAAAGAGAGCAGAUGACUCUCAUCGUUGAGGCGGCUGGCUCACUGUUUAUUCCCGGGUGGAGGUUUUUGCCAACGAAAUUCAACCGGAGAAUGAAAGAAAUUGUGAAGGAAAUCGAAUCAAUGAUGGUUAAAAUCAUCGAUAAAAAGAGAAAAGCGAUGGAAACAGGGGAAGCUAGUUGUACGGAUGACUUACUGGGAUUACUAUUGGAAUCAAAUUCGAAGGAGAUGAAAAAGCAUGGUAAUGAGUCCGGAAUGAGCAUCAAGGAAGUGAUCGAGGAGUGCAAAAUCUUCUACUUUGCGGGCCAAGAGACCAAUUCGUCCCUGCUGGUCUGGACAAUGAUCCUUUUGAGCAAGCACCAGGACUGGCAAAUUCGUGCUAGGGACGAGGUCAUGCAAGUUUUCGGGAGAGGGAAACCCGGCUACCAAGAUCUGAACCACCUCAAAACUAUGAGCAUGAUCCUGCACGAGGCUCUGAGGCUAUAUCCAUCGGGGGUAACGUUUACGCGGUCGACCCACACGGAAGCCAGCUUAGGAAAGCUGAGGCUACCGGCAGGAGUGCAGCUAGCACUGCAGGUGCUAGCUGUGCACCACGACACCCGACUAUGGGGUGAUGACGCGUCCAUGUUCAAUCCUGAGAGGUUUGGCGAAGGUGUGUCCAAAGCGACGCAAGGGAAGCUUAUGUUUUUACCCUUUGGAUCGGGGCCGAGGGUGUGUUUAGGGCAGAACUUCGCGAUGUUGGAAGCAAAAAUGGCGAUGGUUAUGAUUCUGCAGCGUUAUUCGUUCCGACUGUCGCCGGCGUAUACGCAUGCUCCUUAUUCGAUGUUCACUCUACAACCUCAACAUGGCGCACAUUUGAUUCUUACCAAACUAUGACACUACUAUAUAGGUGUGGUGGGAUUUGAAACAUAUAGUUUUAUAUUUUCUAUGUCUGGUUUAUGUAAUAAUUUGUCCAGUUAAUAAUAUCUCAAAAUUACAUUA